AUGAGUUCUUCACAAAGAAGCUGCUGCAUUUGUGGCGAAUAUACUGUAGAAAAGCAAAGAAAAAUUAUCACAGAUUUUGUUAGGCAAGCUAAUCAAGAUACAAGAAAGGGGAAAUGGGAAUAUUCUGAUUUAGAAUCAGCACGUAGACCUGUGCCACAUAACGAAGAGAUUCCCGUACCAGUAUGUAUCACAUUGCCAGAUGUAUCGAUGUCAGAAGUAGAAGCAAUUGAGGACCAGUACAGGAACAGCAGUGAAAGUGAAUAUGAGAGAAUACAAUCAACAUCCCAGCAAUUCUCCCAAGAAGAACUGAAUGACCUGAUACGGGACCUCGCUCUAUCAAAGCAAGCAUCUGAACUUUUAGCAUCCAGGUUAAAAGAAAAAAACUGUCUACAGCCAGAUAUAAAAAUAACAAUUUAUAGAACACAAACUUGUUCCUUACUUCAGUCAAGAUGA